GAGAAUUAUCAAGGUUCAUAAAGCUGGUUCUGAGACUGCUAGUACCAAAGGAACAGAGAAUCAAAAUUGCUAAUAAUCCAGAAAUCCUCAGCCAUGAUCUCCUCGGGGUUGGCUGUGUCUUUUUUCCUCCUACUGCACAUCGCCGCUCAGGCUUUUGAAUUAUUGCCAGGUGACUCUCUAAACCACCAGGAAAUUACAGAGCGAGCGAUUCUGAAUGCAACUCUGCAGGCAUGUCGCUCUCUGGCCCUGACUGAAGGAACCAACUUCAACUUUCCGGCUCAGCCUUUCACUGCAGAAAAUGUUGCUGCCGCCUGUGGCGCCUCACAGUCGUCAAAGACUUUCCGCCUAGCCAUCCUAUCGAUCCAGCUGAGGAACAUCCGAGUAGACAUCCGCUAUGCCCUCAAUUCAAGCUUCCACAUUGACAAGGAGACGUUUGUUCAGGGACAGAAAAUCAUCACAGACGGACUGGUCGCUGUCAAAGCCAGCAACAAGAUGGAGAAUUAUGAGACUGCGAGGCAGAAACUGGGAGAAAUCAUGCAUCCUUUGCAAGAUUUUUACAGUCACAGUAAUUGGGUGGAGCUGGGGUACAGGUUCCCAAACUCUAAUCUGAUCAGAGCAGGAACCAGCAUUGGUGACAUAGCAGAUAAAAGCAGAGCCACCUGUCGCAGCUGUGACGGAGACGACUGCACAAACAACAUUCUGGAGGACAUAAUAGCUGGGAAGAUCCUGACCUCUGGGUACACUGGGCACAAACCUUUUUUCUCAACCAAACCAUCUGGAAAGUGCAGUCAUGGAGGAAUAUUGGAUGAAACUAGUAAAAUCGAGCCAAAAGGUGGGAUUAACAAGGAUUCAUUCAGAUCCAGCCACGGACAUCUCCACACACGAGCAGCAAAUUUGGCAAUAGCUGCAACCAGUCAAAUGCUGGAAGAUAUUCGACUGGCAGCAGGAGACACAACAUUCCUGCAGAUGGUGGGAAUCUCGAGAGGAUCCAGCAGAGCUCUAUGUUUUGUCACCGACACUUCACAGAGCAUGAGUGAUGACAUUGCAGUGGUGAAAACGGUCACUAACAGCAUCAUCGAGAGUAAUAAGGGAACAGAGAACAAACCAUCUUUUUACAUACUCGUACCUUUCAGCGAUCCAGGAUUUGGGCCACUGAUUCGAACAGCAGAUGACACACUUUUCAAGGAUAUUGUGGACCAUCUGACAGCUACUGGUGGAGGAGAUAACGAGGAGAUGAGUCUCUCUGGGCUGCAGUUGGCGUUAAGUAGUGCACCGUUCAACUCUGACAUCUUUCUCUUCACGGAUGCACCAGCUAAAGACAAACACUUGAAGAACACAGUGAUUGCUCUGAUAGAGCGGACCCAAACAGUGGUCAACUUUAUGAUUACAGACUCAGUAGUGACUAAUCGUCGCAAGAGGAGUAACGGCAACCAACCGCAGACAAGAAUGAUUGCAGAGUCUGAUGCUCAGCUGUAUAGAGACCUGGCUCAGGCAUCAGGGGGUCAGGCCAUCGAAGUGACAAAGGCCGAACUUCCUGCUGCUACAACGAUCAUAACCCAGUUUGCCAGAUCUUCUGUGGUGACCCUUCUUCAGGCCUCCAGGAGCCUGGGACAGACGGAUAGUUUUAAUUUCAUUGUGGAUGAAACUGUCUCAAACCCGACAGUUUACAUCACCGGCAGAUCCCUGACUUUCACAAUCACAAGUCCAACAGGUGCAUCUCAGCAAAGCACCGACUCAACAGGCUCGUUGAUCACGUCCACCACGACUGUGGGAAACUUCAAAACACUGCAGUUACAAAAGCAAGUUGGACAAUGGGGUAUAACAAUAGAGUCGGAUAACCCCUACACCCUGAGAGUCAUUGGCCAGAGUCCUGUCGACUUCUUGUUUGACUUCGUCGAGCCUUCUGAGGGUCCCUUCGAUGGAUUUGAUUCUCUUGACACGCGUCCCAGAGCAGGUGUCAAUGGCAGGUUGUUAGUGUCUAUAACAGGAAGUGACUCUGCAACUGUGACAGAGGUUGCUCUGGUGCAAUCAUCAAAGGGGUCGGAGGAGACUCUGGGAGUUGUUGAGUCACAGGGGGACGGGAACUUUUUGGUCCAGGUCGAUGUGAUGCCGGUGGUGGAGUUUGUGGUUAGAGUAAAGGGAAGAGUUCAAGGCUCUUCAAAUGACUUUCAAAGACAGUCGCCCACUAACUUCAGAGCUUCCAAUCUGACUCUUACAGCCAAUUCAGAAAACGUCUUUAUACCAGGCACACUGCUCUCUGUACCCUUCACUGUGGCGUCAAAUGGACCAGACGGAAACGUAACCAUCCGAGCCUCUAACAGCGGAGGUUUCGAAUCAACGUUUCCAACCAUUUUGUUCUUGGAAGGUGGGAACAGCACUAAUGGCACCGUGACCCUGUCAGCCCCAAAGAACACCCCGUCUGGUUCUGACGUCAUCCUGACUAUUGAGGCCGAGUCUCCGGAUGGAACUGACUCCAACUACAUCAUGCUGCGCUUCUCCAUAAUAAACUCGUUUAAUGAUUUCACCCACCCUGAGUGUGAGCUGCUAAACCGGGAGUCCAACUGCACUGAAAACUGCAGCCUGACUGCGUGGGAGAUCUACGUCAGGGUGACCGACAGUGAGGCGGGUGUCGACCGCGUCGACCUCAUACAGGGCAACGGCACCUUUAACACUAGCCUGGAAGCUGGAAACGCGGGCAUAACGCUGGUGUCCUACGCUGCCUCAUGCUGUGCGCCUGAAAUGGAAAUGCUGGUUGUGGACCGGGUCGGUAAUGUCGGCACGUGCCGGUUCACGGCCCGGGACUCAGUGUCCAUCGGAGUCUCUCAGUCCCUCUUUCUGUGCCUCAGCAUAGUGGCUUUGGGACACUUUAUAUUUAAAUUAAGUGAGCAUUGAAAGAUACUUAACAAUUGCAAGCAUUUAUAUAUUUUUCAAUGUUACUUUUUUUGUCUUUUAAUCAAGUUUCCUUUCUUGUAAUAUAACUUACUAAACAUAUGAAAACUACCAUGUGCUGUCAUGAAGGGUUUACAAUAGAGCUACUGGUCCCCUUUGCUGAAUUAAUCCAGUUAGGAUUGCUCCUGAAGGCCACUUGGAUAUUUUAGCCACAUCUGACCAUGAGGAGGCACUACAGCAGACUCUACAGGUCUGGGAGUCAUGAUCUGAUAUGCUCCUUGGGGAAACUCCCGUUGUUGCAUGUUGAAUAAUCCAGUUGAUAAUUUUUAGCCCUUCUUUUAAACUAGAGGUGAUCUUUUAAAUGCAGUCCAGACUCAACAAAAAACAACAAGCCUGUCUUUUAAUUCAGCAGUUGAUCAAAAGCUGCAAAGCUGUAAAUCAGAUCCAAGCAUCAGCAUUGUUAGCCAGUUACAGUGGAUCGGUAUAUUUGUUUUUACAAUGUUUACACUGUGCACAACACUUCUGGAUGUCCACUCCUGACAAGACAUCAAACAAAGCAGCAGAAAACUUGGUUGGGACUUUCUUUUUUCACCACCCAGGAUGGUUGUGCCACCCUGGGCAGAGAGCCAUAUCUCCCAUAGUGAAAUGCUUUGUCACUUGGCGAGGAAGGGUCCGACACCGAAUAAAUGAAGCAACCAGUGUACAAAAAACAUAUUUUUAUUGCUGUGACAAUGUGCCUAUGUUUACUCUUUUACAGACCACAAACGUGUUUGCUUUUGACAUUUGGCAACAAGCUCCAUAUUUUAUCACCUGUUUCCUUUGAUUACUAUUUACAUUUUGAAAUGUAUUCAGAGAGGUCUUUUGUAACAGCUGACCAUCAAGUACAUGUGUACGCUUUCUUCAUGGUGAUGGAGGUUUUCCUUCUCUUACACUUGUUAUUUCUUCCUUGCAUACUUCCAUUUUUUUUUUAGAAAAAAAAGUAAAAAAGAC